GGGUCUUUCGCUAAACUUCUCCACUCAUCUAAAGGUACAAAGAAGCGGCCAACGUCUUGCACCGCCGUCUUUGAACAACUGCAUCCGGUGCCUCAACCUCAAAAGUUGCUGAAGACGGGAAUUCAACUUGAGACAUUUGCUUGCUGCGACACCGCAUUUGACCAUCACGAGCGACAGCGACAGCGACAACCGCGAGCUCUGCCUCGAUCUCUUGCUUGGUUCCAAUCCACCUGUGUGUGCUGGCCGGUUAUUUGGAGCUGAUAGAGCUGAGAGCGAGAGAAAUCCCAGAGACAGAGCAAGGGAAAGCGGAAAGGGAGACUCACAUUAAUUGCGGCCUCCUACACAACCAAAACCCCGCCACAGCUCAUCCGCCGAUUGGUCAUCAAGGCAGGACGCAUCCGAGCUGAUCCUUCUCAAAUCAAGGCGGCAGACACACACCAGCAAAGACACAACUCUGCCCACACCAUCAUGUCUCAUUUUGGUGCCACUUUCUAUCCUACCGGUCAGGAUGACUACUAUUACCCCAGACCUGAGGUGAUAGCACCGUCGCCGCAAAGAGUGAUGCCCGAAGUCCCCCACCAGAUGCAAGCAGACCUACAUCGCUUAGAACUCGAAGCGCGAUCCGUCGAUCCCAGGAGAGACGGUUCGCAACCAAUGCCAGGCCCGGGCGGCCCACAGCACGGUCGCGAACCGUCGCUUAACACCAGGUUUGGGCAGCAAUAUCAACAGCCGAAGCCCGGGCAGCCUGCGACGGAUUAUAGCCCGGCCUCCAACUACAGUCCUUACCACGAAAACGAGAAUAAUACAGCACUCUUUGACCAGAACGGCAAAGACAUGCGGGAUCUUCCCUCGUUCUCGCCCUUCCCCAAAGUCAAGGGCGAGCACAUCCCCCCGAGCGAUGAAGAGAAGGAGGCUGUGCUCGCGGAGAGCCGCCAACACGUUCUUCACUCCAACGAUCCUAGCAUGCAGAUUUGCUGGGCCCGAGACGUUCUUUCCUACGUCGAGAUAUCCGCCGAGGCCGCCGUUCGCGAGGCCGAGGCAUUGCGAGGGCCUGGCGAGCGUGAAACCAUGCGCCCUGGAACGCCAAAGAUUGAACAUGAGCUGCGCAUGGACGCCGUCAAUAUUGUCACGUACCUAGCCGAACAGGGACACCCCGAGGCCGUCUUCAUCCGGAGUAAGUGGCUGGAGUUUGGCAAGUUUGGAAAGCGACAGGACAAGAAGGAGGCAUACCUCGGGUACACGGCAGCGGCGCAACAUGGCUGGGGUCGUGCCGAAUACAGGAUUGGCAUGCUCUACGAAAACUCGAACGACGUCAGCCUGGCGAUACAGCACUACAACAAAGGCUUGGCUUUGAAAGACUCUGCGGCAUCGUACCGUCUGGGCAUGAUCAGCUUGAUGGGACAACACGGCCAGUACAAGGAUAUGCCUCGCGGACUGGAACUGAUCCACUCAGCUGCGGAUACAGCUGACGAGGACGCACCUCAAGGCGCUUUUGUCUAUGGCAUGAUCAUUGCCCGAGACCUGCCCGACGUGAAUAUUCCCCAGGGUGUUCUCUCCUCCGACCUGGGCGUGGCACGCCAAUAUAUCGAAAAGGCAGCAUAUCUAGGUUUCGCCAAAGCACAGCUGAAGAUGGGUCAGGCAUAUGAACUGUGCCAACUAAGCUGCGACUUCAACCCUGCACUGUCGCUGCAUUACUACGGACUUGCUGCGAGACAGGGGCAGCCCGAGGCCUGCUUGGGUGUGAGCAGAUGGUUCUUGUUCGGUUAUGAGGGGACGUUUGCCAAGAAUGAGCAACUUGCUUACAAGUAUGCGCAACUCGCUGCCAAGGCCAAGCUCCCGACCGGCGAGUUUGCCAUGGGCUACUACAACGAAAUCGGUAUCUACGUAGAGAAGGAUCUGCGAGAAGCACGAAGAUGGUAUGAACUCGCUGCCGACCACGGCAAUAAAGAUGCUCUGCAACGCAUCGAAGGGCUCUCCCAGUCCAAGACUCUCUCUAAGACAGAUCACGAAACAACAGCCUUGUCGAGAGUUAAGUCGCAGCAUGGAUCGCAGCGAGGCAAGCGACCAGACCGAUUCAAGCAGAAUAACCCCUUGCCCCCAUUGGCAGAGGGCAGUCAACGGUCACCUAGAGACUCACCUCGGGUGUCCCCGAAUCCCUCUCCCCGAUCCCAAACACACGAGCAUGCUGAUAUGCCUGAUCCCUCUUUGACCGGGACAGGGGGUAGACCACCCGCGUUUACUGUCAAUCUCCCCGACAGACCGAAGUCGGCUGCUCCUUAUCCCGAGGAUGACCGGCCAGCACCCCUCAACCUCGCCAGACCGAAGUCAACGGCGCCGUAUCCGGAAGAUGACAUGUCAAGUCGUACGCCGCAGUUGGCUCCUCAAGGCUCCCACUUCAACCCCGGCAUUCGACCAUCGGCGGACCAUUCGACAAGCGCGUUUGCCAUUCGUUCCCAGUCCCCCGGCCAGCAAGGAAUACCCGGCCCCAGCAUUCGUCAAUCGCAGUCUGGCGGCAACCUGGGGAUUCCUCCGGCUGGAGUGGAUCCGAACCGUGGUCGUCCCGUGUCGGCUUCGGCCAGCUGGGCACCCCAAGUGCAAGGUGGCCGUGGUCAGAUGUCAGCAUACGAUCAACGACCACCCUCAGGGCCACACGGAGGUUACAAUCAGCGACCUGCUGGUGCUGGUGGCCCCGCUCCAAACAACCCCUCGCAGAACCGUUUGACGAAAACGAAUCCCAACAUACCCCCACCUGGUCAAUUCCCCCCAGGUGGUUACGGUGCUCCCGCUCCCAUCCCAGCCAACCCCGGACGCGACUACGGUACGCGACCAGCACCGCGACCAGCUUCUAACACGUACAGCGGUCGCCCAUCCGGUGCUGGAGGCAUGACCUCUCCCACCAUGAGCGGCGGUAUCGGCCCAGGUCCCCGCAGUGACUCGAUGGCUUCGAUGGGCUCCAUGGGGACUCCCGGCCUACCACCAGGCCCGAGACCCGCCAGUGCAAGGCCAGGGCCAGGACCAGGACCCAUCACGCCUGGCAUACCGCGAAAAGACCCACCCAUGGACUAUGGGAUGGGACCUGCUGGCUCAGGGCGCGCUAGUGCGCCGCCCGCCAAGAUUGGGUCUCCCACCCCAACUAUAAAUUCCAUGGGCUCGGCCAUGAGCGCACCAGCACAAGGGAGCGCACCUCAGGCGAAGCCGAAGCCGGUAAAGUCGGGUCCGGCUACGUUUGAUGAGAUGGGUAUUCCCCAGGGCAAGAAAGAGGAUGAAUGCGUUGUCAUGUAGAUAGAGCAAAAGAAGUGCGGAGACUCUCAUAGAUUCGCAUACUUGUUCUUCUUCGUUCAUGAUACCAUUAUGCUAGGGCUUGGUGAGGACGACAGGAGGUAAAACGAACUGGACUAGGUGAAAUUAGUGUUUGACACAGGAUCUAUCUAGGUUACCCUAUAUGGGAGGUAUUUGCAUCAAGCGAUGGGAUUUAGUGUGAUUGGUACAUAGGGAAUUUGCAAUGUGUAGACGGCAGAGUACAUUCAUGGAUGGAGUACAUAGAGAAACACUUGAUGUGUUUUCUGUGAGGAACACAUUUUCAAACUUCAGGCGAAAUUAAAAGGAGGUGCAAUAUUGGCAAUGUCACGUAUCGUGGUGAAAGAAGGGGCCUUCAUGUGAAUGAAUCGUAUAGUCUCUUGAGGGCUGCGGUGAGUGAAGUGACUCGGAUCCAGCCAUAUUGUAUUAGCAGAUUUGAGCCAUAGUUUGCUCUCAAGCUCGUCCUCCAAGGCAAG